AUGGCUCUUUUAGACAGUAAAAGCGAUUCAAAACCUAAAACGUUGAAUAGAAAGAGGAAGUUUGAUAAAAUUAACAAAAAAACACAUAACAGUAAGAAACCGAAAUUUUCCGAAGAGAAACAUGAAACAGAAUCCCAAGAAACAAUUGAAAAUUUAGUUAAAGCGCCAUUAAAAUCUAAGGAGACAGUCUCACUAUCGCCAGAGCAAAUAGCUGAACGGUACCCAAUUCUAAAUGAUACAGAGCUGGUGAAAAAAUUUCUUGGAGUACCCAUGACUAAUAAUCAAAAAGGUAGAGUCCGGCAAAUGUUACGAGAUAGCUUGAAAGGAACAAGAGACAACAUAUUGCCAGAUGUCAUUUAUAGUAAAAUACAAUCAAUUGUAAAGACAGAUAAAGAAUUGACUGAGGCAGAAUUACGUAAGAUAAGGAUACUCUAUAACAUGCUUAAAACUGCAGCUGAUAUUGGAGUACCUAAAAAAAAAGUAAUAAAAAAAGAGAAAGCCAAAAAGACUAAAGACACAGAUAAAGUAGACUUGUCAAAUGACAAUACAGAUAACAAAAAAGAAGAAGAAGGUGAAACAGAUAAGAGUAAAGAUGAUGUGGACGGACAGAUCACAAAAAAUGUUGCAGACAAGAAAGAGCAAAAGGUUAAAGGUCCAAAAAGAUAUGUUGUUUUUGUUGGAAACUUACCUCCCAAUAUAGAAAAGGAAAAGAUAUUGGAACAUUUUUCUAAUUUAAACAACCAUAUUGUUGAUGUGCGAUUACCACCACGAGGGGAAGGCAAAAAAAGUAGCAUAGCUUACGUUGAGCUUAAAGAUGAAUACAGCUAUGAGUUAGCACUGUCUAAGCAUCAUUCAAUGAUGGACAAUAAGAGAAUAAAUGUCCUCUAUACGACACAGAAGAACAGCAAAAUUAGCAAGGGCGAAGCUAAGAGUACAUCAGCUAAACUCGUAGCUUUGCAGAAGUCUGGGAAGCUCAUUGGGAGUAUUCCUGUUAACAGAAAAAGGAGUCAUAGACGCAACAAAGCGAAAAGGGCUCGCGCUAAAGCGGAGGCGGAAUCAUAA